AUGGCCACAAGAUUGGAAAUAAAUUUCAAUCGCCUUCUAACCAGAUGUGAAACUAUGGCGAAAGACAAAACAGCAUGGGAUUGGAGACUUGAAAAGUUUGUUACUGCAUUACAAGAUCAGCUGAGUGAAUUAAAGAAGUCGCCAUGUCGUCCAAGUCAGGAAACUUUGAAUGACUACAACAAAAAAGUGGACUUCUUGAAGGGAAUAAUGGAAGCAGAAAAAUUGACUUACAAAACUGCUACACAAGGAAAUGGUACAGGACUCGGACAACGUAACCCCCAGGAUGAGGAAGACAUAGAUUCUCUUAUACAGCACCACCAUCAGAUGCAGGAAAGACUUGCCGACGAAAUGUUGAUGUUGACAAGAAAUCUCAAAGAAAGUGUGAAAGAUUCUGGCAGGAUAGUGAGGGAGGAUACUAAGAAAGUGGUGGAGACGACAAAGCUAGCAGAUGUGAACUAUAACAAGCUGUCAUUGGUGACUGAACAGGUGGAGAAACACACUAAGGGCUGUGACUGGUGUAUGUGGAUCAUGUUAGCCGUCGUCAUCAUGCUGUUUCUCUUCAUGAUCAUGUUCAUCAGACUAUUUCCUAAGAAACAGUACAGCUAUGAGGAAGAUUUAUGAUCUGUUGUACGGUGUGGGAGUGUGUGAAUGGUGUGUGUGAUGAUAGGUAGUAAUGUUUACAGUAUUGUACUGUAGAUGUUUUAAUCAUUGGUACAGUAACACCCAGUGAAUUACAUCAGAGCAGGAGUUUUUUUGUGUUGUAUAAGUUAUUAACUGGGUAAGUGCAACUGUGAGGUAGUCUACAAGUAGAUAUCUUUCUCCUUAUAUAAGUCUGUUUUUAAAUAUUGAUAUAGAUGUUAACUUAAAAACAUUCAGUGCUUCAAAUUAUGGUAUGAAGGUUAAUGUGAUUAUAACUGAAUAUAAAUGAACACUUCUUGAUUCGUUUAUUCGUACUAGUCAUUAUAGAUUUACCACUUCCCCGAUUAAACUUGUAUUACAAAUUAAAAUUACUUCCAAUAUCAGGAUUAUUUAUAUAUUUAUCUAAUAUUGUUUUCAAAAGAAAAAACUACACCUAUGGUAUGUUUCAUAAGAUGACAAGAAUGUGAGAAGUGUGAGUUAUUUGAUAAAAAAUGUAGCUGUAUGUAUACAAUGUAUUUCCACAAAUAUAAAAGGCAUGUUAUAUUUAUAUAGAAGUAUUUCACCAUCGUACACAUAUAACAUUGUAUAUGAGAUUAUACAUACGCUGCUGUAGUAUGAUAUGGAUGUGCUUCACAAUGUUCAAGCUUCAGCUGAAUCUUUGAUAAUUGCAGAUAAGAUUUGGAAAAAAAAUCCUAAUUGCAUCCUAAGAUUUAUGGCUGAUUUUGUUGUGUAUUCUGGUGAGAAAAAAGAAUCAUUGUUCCACAUACCUAUUGAACAGGGACACACUAAAUUAUAGUUCUGAACACCCCCGUGUCAUAAAAGUACUUUAUAGGCUUUCCUCAUCCUACUUCUAGUUAAUAACAUUGUCAGAUAACUGUCAGAUUUACUGAAUGUUUUUUUAUUUUAAAUUAUGAAGUCCAAGAUUACCAGUCCUUUCAUCUUGUUCACUUACAUUUAGCCAAACUGCCUUUUAAAGUUCCCAGAGAAUACUGUAGAGACAACUUGAUGGUAACAAAUACGUUUGAUUACUCUUUGGUGUGAUAUAUGCCUGAUUACCACUACCGUCUACUGAUCCAUUGUGCCUCAGAUAUUUCCAAUUCAUUAAAUUUAAACCAAGAAGUUUUUGAAAAGAUGUUAUUACACCAGUGUUAUGCUCACAAGAAGUAGGCCUACAUUCAGAAUGAUCCAGAAGAGUACAAAUCCCAGUCUUGAAGUCUGACUUUUAUGUCCUACCUACAUGUAUCAGUAAGCAGGUCUGUAUAUGUUAUCUUAGACUCACUAUAAGGUUUCGAUGUGAUAAGUAAAACUCAUCUGGGCCAGGUCAUAAUGAUAAUUAGUAUUUCAUAAUAUUGAUUCAAUGAAAAGGAGAAGUUAUAAGGGACAUAACUCUUGUUGUCUUCCUUAUGUUGGUAUCCUUUCAAGCAUUGGAGGAACAAAGGAAAUGAAAACAACAGGAUUUGAUGCAAACCUGCAAAAAAAAUUCUGAUGUAAUCAAAAACCUUGUGAAUUCUGAAGGGAUCCUGUCGAUUGUCUAUCUUUUUGGUACAGAUUAUCAUGUUCUGUCAUUUAUUGGUGAGAAAAAAAACCCAAAAAGUAUUUUUAUUUCCAGUCACUUUUUGUAUUCAUUUGGUGAUAAUCAUCUGCUGAUGGUAUUUAAUUGGUAUAAUAAAUAAAUGGAUAAUAAUGAUUAAAAAUUUGUAGACAGAAACACAGCUGUUGCAUUGCCCUUUCUACGAUUAUUGGGAUUUACAAGGAUUGCAUUCCUUACAUUACAUGCCACUUCUAUUAGCAUUUAAGUAUUUGAAUUGUUUUCCUUUGUAUUUACACUGUAUUAGGACAAGUUGUACUUUUUAUAUCAUGCAGUCUGUAGUGUGUUUAUUGUCAACUUCAAAUUACUUCUAACAAUUAGAGUAGAACUUUGCGGAAACCUUUCAUAGCCAAAGGUAAACUAGGAUUGUAAAUCAUACCAUCCCCACUUCCAAGGGGCCUGAAAGGUGUGGCCAAAAGGGGUCAAACUGACUCAAGUUUUUAAAACUCUCCUUCUACAGUUCCAGAUAUGACAGAAUUAAAUCUUUAUGAAUGAAGGGUGAAAGGUAAGAUGCUUUACCAAAAUGGUGAUUUCUUGACCCUCCUUGAAAGGGAGUGAAGUUUACUAUAGUUUAUGUAGGAAAAUUAUAUUUUUGGGCAUAAUUUUUAAUAUCUGUUUGAAAUUAUUCCAACUUUUGUUACAAAAACAAACACAUAAGUGUUUGUUAAGGCCCUAUGGGCCUCUUGUUUAUAGACAUUGUACUGCAUGUUCAGAUAAUAUCCCAUUAGACAAUAUGGCUGGGUGUUUGAAAUGUGUAUACAACAGGUAAAGAAAGGUUUUAUUGAUUGGGUAGGAAUGAUUGAUUAUUGAUUUUUGUUAAUUAUAAUUCAGUCUAAAAUAUUCGAAGUAAAUUUAAUAAAACUGGUCAACAAUUGUGGUGUGUUCGCAGGCCCAAAUAAUCUAUGUAUGCUCAGCACUUGUCCAGAGACUAGCCCUAGGGACUGAUCCAUGUUGAAGGAGUGACUUAAGCUUUGUACGCCUGGCAGAAAUAUUUUAGUUUUGAGAUGUCAGUAUUUUAUCUGGAAAUCUGUUUUGACCUUUCAGGAAAAGUCCCCAGAACCUUCAGUAUACCAACCAAAAUAGAGUUAUCAGUGAAUGUAAUAUUACAUGGUGAGUGACCUAACCCAAAAUUCCAAAUAAAAGAAAUGAAAUGAUUUCAUGUGAUCAGUUAACCUUAAAUUGUCAACAACAUUUGUUUUCUCAAUAUGGGCUUAAUGUUGAUUAUUUCUUAAUUGAUUGAUAAUUAGUGAGACACCUUUCAUUCUAAAAUGAAGUAACUGAAAGUAAAUAUAGAAACAGCCACUCUCCUUAAACUGUGGCUGAUUGGGCCCUACCAUCUUAGUAAUCAUAUUGUGUACUUUUAUUUCCAUAUAUUCUCAUUCUGCAAAGAAAAUUGAUAAUGAAGAACAUACUGUAGAAGGUAAUUGGAUUUUCCUUACAACUUUACCAGUAAGGAAAUGUAAAUGAAUGGAAAUUGAGCAGAGACAAUUCUCAUUGGAGUUACGUCACAAGAAAGAGGUUUUAUUGCCAGCAUAGGUCACAGUGGAAGGACAUGAUAGGCAUAAAGUGGUGGUCAGAUAGGGUUACACUGGUGGUCAGAUAGGGUUUAACUGGUGGUCAGAAAUGUUUAAACUGGUGGUCAGAUAGGGUUACACUGGUGGUCAGAUAGGGUUAAACUGGUGGUCAGAUAGGGUUACGCUGGUGGUCAGAUAGGGUUACACUGGUGGUCAGAAAGGGUUAAACUGGUGGUCAGAUAGGGUUACGCUGGUGGUCAGAUAGGGUUACGCUGGUGGUCAGAUAGGGUUACACUGGUGGUCAGAUAGGGUUACGCUGGUGGUCAGAUAGGGUUACGCUGGUGGUCAGAAAGGGUUAAACUGGUGGUCAGAUAGGGUUACGCUGGUGGUCAGAAAGGGUUAAACUGGUGGUCAGAUAGGGUUACGCUGGUGGUCAGAAAGGGUUAAACUGGUGGUCAGAUAGGGUUACACUGGUGGUCAGAUAGGGUUACACUGGUGGUCAGAUAGGGUUACACUGGUGGUCAGAUAGGGUUAAACUGGUGGUCAGAUAGGGUUAAACUGGUGGUCAGAUAGGGUUACACUGGUGGUCAGAAAGGGUUACACUGGUUGUCAGAUAGGGUUACACUGGUGGUCAGAUAGGGUUACACUGGUGGUCAGAUAGGGUUAAACUGGUGGUCAGAAAGGGUUAAACUGGUGGUCAGAAAGGGUUACGCUGGUGGUCAGAAAGGGUUAAACUGGUGGUCAGAAAGGGUUACGCUGGUGGUCAGAAAGGGUUAAACUGGUGGUCAGAUAGGGUUACGCUGGUGGACAGAUAGGGUUACACUGGUGGUCAGAUAGGGUUAAACUGGUGGUCAGAAAGGGUUAAACUGGUGGUCAGAAAGGGUUACGCUGGUGGUCAGAAAGGGUUAAACUGGUGGUCAGAUAGGGUUACGCUGGUGGUCAGAAAGGGUUACGCUGGUGGUCAGAUAGGGUUACGCUGGUGGACAGAAAGGGUUAAACUGGUGGUCAGAUAGGGUUACGCUGGUGGUCAGAUAGGGUUACGCUGGUUGUCAGAUAGGGUUACACUGGUGGUCAGAUAGGGUUAAACUGGUGGUCAGAUAGGGUUAAACUGGUGGUCAGAUAGGGUUAAACUGGUGGUCAGAUAGGGUUACACUGGUGGUCAGAAAGGGUUACGCUGGUGGUCAGAAAGGGUUACACUGGUUGUCAGAUAGGGUUACACUGGUGGUCAGAUAGGGUUACACUGGUGGUCAGAUAGGGUUAAACUGGUGGUCAGAAAGGGUUACGCUGGUGGUCAGAAAGGGUUAAACUGGUGGUCAGAUAGGGUUAAACUGGUGGUCAGAAAGGGUUAAACUGGUGGUCAGAAAGGGUUACGCUGGUGGUCAGAAAGGGUUAAACUGGUGGUCAGAUAGGGUUACUCUGGUGGUCAGAUAGGGUUACGCUGGUGGUCA